AUGUCGCAGUAUCGUUUAAACUGGGGUGAGGCACCAGGACGCGUCCGAGGUAACCCCGGAAUGGAUCAAGCAACCCUGGAAGAAGUAGUUACCGAAACACCGGCAAGAGACCGCGUGGCGCUUCAUCCGCCAUUACCAAGCCAUCUCGCCACAGCUCCCAGGCCUGGGCCCUUCAGCACACAACUCGCCCCAUCUGCAUCAACACGGUCACCUGGCGCACAAGCAGCUUCACCAUCACAUCGUCCGCCGGCUCCCCCGUUGGGUCCUGGGACGGCAACUCAAGGCAUGUCACCGGCAGCGUUCGAGGCAUGGGCCGUUAGCGUGGAAGACUACAGCCUGAUCUGCGGGUGGUUCCCGCCUCUCGCCGCCCCAUACGUGUGUCUCCUGUGCGACGGCAGUCUCCAGCAGCGUAUCGACGCACGCUUCGACAAGCAGGACUUCCGGCAGCUCUCAACCAGUGCAGCGAUAGAGGUGGUCAGAAGUGUGGUGGUGGGGCGGCGGUGCGAGGUAGGUGCAUGGUCCGACCUCUUUCAGUACUCCCAGGAACCGGGAGAUAGUGUCGAUGUGUACGUGUCGAGGUGCCGUGCCCUGGCAGCCGAGUGUAAUUUUCGCUGCCCAGAAUGUGAUAGUUCGCUGACCGAGUAUAUCAUGAGCAGAAAAGUAGUCAUGGGGCUCAGUGAUCGCAAUAUGAAAGCUGAGGUGUUACGGUGCUUCCCUCGCCUGACGUCCGUAAGUGAUGUGGUGAACCAGUGCGAGAUCAUAGAGGCCACAGACAAGGUGGCAGGGCGGCGGGCCACAGGGAACGUGGCCGCCCUGGCGGACGCAGGAGCGUCCACAACCCACCCACCGCAACCCCCCAGCCCCCCCGCCACCGAGGUGUCAGCUGUGAACCACCAGCGCCGCGCCUGGAGCCGCAGCGCCCCCGGUCGUGCCAGCUCAGGGCGCAGCCAGAAGCGGUGCAAGGGCUGUGGGGACAGUGGGUGUGGCGGCAAUGACAAGUGCCUCGCCCGCGACGCCACAUGCCGCAAAUGUGGGCGUAAAGGGCACUUCUGGCGCGUGUGCCGCGCCCUCACACCAGGCAGGGGCCCCGCUACCUCCAACGCAGUGAUUGUAGGGGGCGUGGAGGCGACGGCAGACCUCUCAGUGCGCAUCGUCUGCCCCUGGCCGCAGGCGGAGUGCUGCACCACGGCGGUAGCCGACACAGGGGCUCAAGUGUGCAUCGCUGGCCGGCCCCUGCUGGAGAGUCUUGGUAUCCCCCCAGGGCAACUUCACGUCUCACCCAGGACAGUCCGCCACGUCGCCGGUGGAGGGGUGAAGCUUCUGGGAAGCCUCACGUGCGAGGUGUCAGUGGGGCCCAUCACCACGUCCGAGUGCGUAUACAUAGCUGAAGGGGUGCAGCGGCUGUACUUGUCACUCGGAGCUUGCAGAGCCCUUCAGUUGGUGCCGCAAGAUUUUCCUCGCCCCGCAGCCAGAAUCAGCGCGCUGACAAGCCCUGCGCCCAAGACCUCGGCCCACCCAUUGUCACCGCCCUGCGAGUUGGUGGAAGAGAACGUGGGACGUCUAGAGAAAUGGCUCCUGGAGGAGUUUGGACGCACGAAAUGCGUAGCCCACCACACCACAUCCUACCUCCGCCCCGGCGCACGCCCCCACGCGGUGCACGUACCCGCCACAGUCCCGCACCACUUCUACGACGAGGUACGGCGCCAGCUCGACGACGACAUCGCCAGAGGCAUCAUAGAGGAAGUGCCAGCUGGAGAGCCGACCGAGUGGUGUGCGUGCAUGGUGGUGGUGCCGAAGAAAAACGGGAAGCCACGCAGAACCGUGGAUUUCCAGAAGCUCAACCAAGCUUGCCUGCGCGAGACUCACCACACCAGGAUUCUCUUUGACCUCAUCUCCAGCGUGCCCAAGCACACAUUCAAGACCGUCGCUGACGCGUACUCCGGGUACCACCAGAUACCCCUGGACAGUGCAAGCCGCAAGUUAACAACGUUUAUCACUCCCUGGGGACGAUUCCGCUACCGCAGGACUCCCAUGGGGCACUGCGCAGCGCAGGACGCCUUCAAGAAGCGCCUCGACGACGUCAUGAGCGACGUGCCCAGGAAAAUCAAAUGUGUUGACGACACGCUUCUGCACGAUGAAAGUGUGGCGGAAGCCUUCUGGCAUACGUAUGGGUUUCUACAGAAAUGCCACGACAACGGGGUGACGCUGAGGCCUGAUAAGUUCAGCUUCUGCAAGAGGAACGUCACGUUCGCCGGGUAUGUACUCGGCUGGGAAAACUACCAGCCCAGUCACAACCUCAUCAAGAACAUCGCAGACUUCACGAUGCCUGCAAGCCCAUCACUGACGGAUAUCAGGUCGUGGUUUGGCCUGGUGAACCAGGUGGCUCCCUUCUUAGCAGUUGCCCCCAUCAUGGAGCCCUUCAGGGAGCUCCUGAAGAAGCCAGCCGGCAGAACAGUCUAUUGGGACGAAACACUCAACGCCAUCUUCACGUCAGCGAAGGACACCAUCAAAAAGCUAGAAGAAGCAGAAGGCCUCAAGUUCUAUGAUACCUCACGCCCCACGGCCGUCCUAACUGACUACAGCCGGCAAGGCAUAGGAUUCAUCGUGUCGCAGCAGUACUGCCAAUGCGUGUCCCUGGAGGCACCGAUGUGUUGUCCCAGCGGAUGGAAGCUCGUCCUCUGCGGCAGCCGGCACCUGACCGCGGCAGAAAAGAACUACAGCACACUGGAGGGCGAGGCACUCGCGAUAGCCUGGUGUCUCAAGAAGGCCCGCCUGUUCCUCUUAGGCUGCAAAAACCUAACCUUCAUCACCGAUCAUAAGGCGCUCACCAAAAUCUUUGGUGACAAGGAGCUGAAGGACAUUCACAACCCCCGCAUCCUCAACAUCAAAGAAAGGACCCUGAUGUAUAACUUACGGGUCAAGUACAUCAAGGGGAAAAGCAACUGCGCCGCGGACGCUCUCUCGCGCUACCCAGCAUUAGCAAGCGCACCAGAGGACUCAGACGAGGCUGACGAUGAAGCAGUGUGCUCUGUCAUGGUCGCCGCGGCAUCAGACGCCUCUACGGACGAUGUGGGUCAUGUGGUAGACCUACGUCAUGUGGAGGAGGAGGCAGUCAGAGAUGAGGAAUAUCGGCUCCUCCAUGAGUGCGUGGCCAAUGAUGGUUGGGGUGAGCGGAAGGACGCCGAGCCAGCCGCGCUACGCCCGUACUUCAGAAUGCGGCGGCACUUGUCGUGUCAAGGCAGCAUUGUUCUAUAUACCAGCGAUGAGAGAUUCCCCCGCCUCGUCAUCCCAGCCGCCCUCAGACGCACCGUGCUCGCCAAUCUCCACGCCGGUCAUCAAGGCAGAGACUCAAUGCUUCGCAGAGCCAGGCAGUCUGUAUACUGGCCCGGCAUCGACGCAGAAGUGGAGCAAAAACGACGCCAGUGCCAGGUGUGCGAGAUGCACACGCCCUCUCAGCCAGCCGAGCCGCUCCUGCCCACCCCACCACCCCAGUUACCGUUUCAACAAGCCGUGGCCGACCUGUUUCAGCUACAAGGCAAUGUGUACAUCGCCUACGCCGACCGGCUGACAGGCUGGCUAGAAGUGGAACACCUGUCUGGGGAAGCCACCAACUCCCGCCUCAUCACGUUGUUCCGGCGGUGGUUCACACGCUUCGGCAUUCCUGAAGAGCUCUCAUGUGACGGGGGCACCAACCUCACUAGCCACGAGUCAAGAAGGUUCCUCGAGGACUGGCGCGUCACCCUACGAAUCUCAUCAUCCCACUACGCCCAAUCUAAUUGGCGUACAGAAGCAGCUGUGAAGUCGGCCAAGAGGCUGCUAAGAGGCAACACAACUCGCGGGGGCUCCUUAGACACCGACAGCAUUGCCAGGGCGAUCCUCCAGUACCUGAACACACCCCUGCACGGCCUCGACGCAUCCCCAGCGCAGCUACUGACAGGCAGACAGCUGCGAGACGCCAUACCCGUGGAGAGCUCCCGCUACUUCAUCAAUGAGCAGUGGGGCAGAACGCUGCGCGAUCGGGAACGUGCCAUGAUCGACACGUCAGUCAACUCAUCCAUACGGCACGACCAGCACGCCCACAGCCUGACACCCUUAAGGCCCGGGCAGCGAGCACGCAUCCAGCGGGCGGUGGGAUCGGGUGGGAACCGUGCUCGAGCUGUCUGCACCCCGCCAGUAUCUUCUACGACUCGACGGUAG